UCUUGGAGAGCUGCUUGUUCCGUGUUGAUGUAAGUGAUAUGUGCAAUACUAUGCAAGGCACCCACAGAGAAGUUGAGCAGAUCGACAGUGAGAAGGUACGAGGGAACAGCUGCGGCGCGGCACCGGGACAGUGAUCGCGGAGCCUGGGGUGUCAUUUAGCGCGACGGCAGCCCCUCGUGCACGCUGCACCGGCUGACUAACUGCAUGCCACCUGCAGAGCGUGACGGCCCAUCGGAGCCAAGUUACCGAGACACUGACCAGGACACAUCAAGUAACGUAAAGAAUUCAGUCGCUAUGGAAAACCUGCGUGAUACAGAUGUCUACUUGUCUCUGUUGUCAUGGUUACCAUCAUGUGUGAUGGUAUUUGGUGGUGUCAUACCUUAUAUACCACAGUACCUACAAAUAAAAAGAACUGCCAAUGCAGAAGGCUUCUCUACACGUGUAUGUUUGAUCUUGUUGAUAGCUAAUAUUUUGAGGAUAUUCUUUUGGUUUGGGAAAUUCUUUGAACUGACUCUUCUUAUGCAGAGUUUUGUGAUGAUAACAGCAAUGCUGGCUCUGUUACACUUAUGCUGUACAACACAGGCAGCAAAUAAAGUCUCUACAAAGAGGCACUUCUUAACAGAUUUUGAUCUACAAUAUUUCUGGAACUGGAGUCACUUUGAGGAUUAUGUCCUCUGUUGUCUUUGCUUCACAGUUCUCUGCACAUUCAUCACGUACCUCUUCAUAGAGUCAAAAUUCUUCAUUGAAGGUGUUGGACUAAUAGCUAUCUUAACAGAAGCCAUGCUUGGAGUUCCUCAGCUGUUACAAAACUUCCACUAUCAAUCAACAAAAGGCAUGAGUGUGAAGAUGGUCAUCCUAUGGACAGCAGGGGACAUCUUUAAGACUGGAUAUUUCAUUAUCAAUGAGACGCCAGUGCAGUUUUGGCUUUGUGGUUCAUUGCAGAUCUUUAUCGAUGUGGCAAUUCUGCUUCAGGUCCUCCUCUAUAGACAGAGGGUACAUUCUAAAUAUGGUUGAAGUAGCUGAAUGAAAAAGUGGACAAUCAGAAUGAAUUCUGUAAAUGCACCUUGCUGGUCUGUGUUGUUACAGUGGGUGCAUGUUGAAUAUAUGGACCCUAUUUGCAUGACUCUAGUAUAGUCACCUCAGAUAUGUGAAAAGCCUGUAACGUGACUGUGUAACAAACUGAAUCUAAAGAACAAAUUUAAAGCAGAUCUAAAAAAAGAUUAAAGAACUGUAACUAAAGAAUGACAAAGAAGUGUAGAAAAAUACUGCUAGGAUAGUACAAUAACAACACAAUACUUUAUUUACUGCAACACAGUAAGCACUGCAAGAUAGCCUUCUCAUACAAAAGAAAUCUAAAUAAACAAUAAUCAAGUAUGUACCAGUUUUGUAUUCACAGAAACAAUUGUUACACAUAGUCAAUCUCUAGUAUUAAAAAAUGUGAGCAAAGUUACACUUUAUAUAUUACUACAUUAUGAAAGACUUCAGAGUCCAAUUCACAAAGAAGAUAUAAUUUACUGUAAUAUUGAGGAUACUUCACAAUAUUGCUUAUGCCAUUCAAUAUUUAUAGAAGUUUGAACAGUUCACCUAUGCAUUGCCAUGUUUUACUUUAGAAAGUCAUGGACUUAAUUAUAUAAAGAACAUAUAUGACGUAAAGACUUCUAAAUGUACCUUUAAGAUGUUUAUUUAAGGUCUUUUUUUUUCUUUUUUACAGAGGAAUAAAAUUCCAUGAAAUCCAUUUUAUGAAGCUGUAAUAUUCCCCACAACCUGGACAGCAAGAUAUAAUAACAUUGAAAUUGUUCUGUCCUACAGAUAAAGGAUACACUUCUUAUUUGUUGCAAAAUCAAGUGUUCCACUUAUCUCUGAGGCACUGUCACUUUAUCAUUAUGUUCAUAAUCUGUUUUGAGGGUUGUAGAGGGGCAUAGACCCCUGAAUUACAUGGAUACAGGAGACUUCUUUAGAGAUACCUAGUUUAAGUAUAUAUUACAUUAGUGUAUUGUAUCCCAUUUUAUAAUGGCAUCUGUGCUCUAUAAAGUUAUAACACUCACAGUUAUGAAACUGACCCAAAACACAUUAAAAUAUUCAAGGAAUUGAUGUUCAGAACUGACCUUUUUGCACUUUUCUUAGCAUUAGGGAGUCUGAU